CAAACUACAAUCAACGAAAUUUUGGGCAAGCGUUACCAUGGAAAUUAAAAAAACGAAUCAUAUUGAGCAAAACCAUCAAAGAUCUGAUACCAUUAUCACAAACUACAAUCAACGAAAUUUUGGGCAAGCGUUACAACCAUGGAAAUUAAAAAAACGAAUCAUAUUAAGCAAAACCACCAAAGAUCCGAUACCAUUAUCACAAACUACAAUCAACGAAAUUUUGGGCAAGCGCUACAACCAUGGAAAUUAAAAAAACGAAUCAUAUUGAGCAAAACCAUCAAAGAUCUGAUACCAUUAUCACAAACUACAAUCAACAAAAUUUUGGGCAAGCGUUACAACCAUGGAAAUUAAAAAAACGAAUCAUAUUAAGCAAAACCAUCAAAGAUCCGAUACCAUUAUCAAAAAUAAACAAGAAUAAAAAUGAAUUCAACCGCGAUAUCAAAAGCAGCUGAUGAUUCUUCUCAACAUUCUAAGCCGGAAGUAAAACUGCUAAGACAUGUGACCUUGAUGGACGGUGUAGCUAUUUUAGUGGGCAGCAUGAUAGGCUCGGGCAUCUUUAUAACACCGACCUCAUGCCUAAAAUACGCUGGGAGUCCCGGAGCCGCUAUUUUGAUAUGGUUUGCGUCUGGGUGCUUAGCGAUGCUUGGUGCUCUAUCCUUCGCAGAGCUUGGCACUACUAUAACAAGUAGCGGAGGAGAAGCUGCCUACAUAAAAACGGCUUUCGGCUCAAUGCCGACUUUCCUAUUCAUUUGGGUGAAUGUAUUAGUGGUAAGACCAGUGAUUGUAGCCAUAGUUACGGUCAGUUUUGGCGAAUACGUGAUUGGACCUUUUAUUGGGAGCAUCGGAGAAUGCGACAGUGAGAGGAGGGACCAAAUAGCUAGGUUCACGGCAGCCUUUGGAUUAUUCUUAUUAAUGAUGAUCAACUGUUAUAGCGUUAAAUUAGCCACUAAACUCCAAGAUGUUUUGACUAUAGCUAAAUUAGUAGCCCUCGGUGUCAUUAUAACCAUAGGCUUUGUUCGACUUGGUCAAGGUCAUACAGAGAAUUUUAAAAACCCCUUCCAAAACACGAAUGGGAUCCAAAAGAUUUCAUUGGCUUUUUACUCAGGACUCUUUUCUUUUGGGGGCUGGAAUUUUCUAAACUUAGUGACGGGAGAAAUGAAAAAUCCUACAAGAGAUCUUCCCCUCUCUAUAUUGAUCGGUAUGCCCAUCGUGACCGCUGUAUACGUUCUAACUAACAUAGCUUACCUGUCCGUGUUGAGCGUCGAAGAUAUGAAACUUUCCAAAGCCGUCGCCUUUGACUUUGCUUCAAAGAUAAACUAUUACUUAGCGUGGUUCAUGCCUAUUUUCGCCGGACUUUCCGCUUACGGCACCGCCAACGCUGUGUUAUUCACUAGCGGAAGAAUUUAUUACAUCGGGGCCCAGAAUGGUCAUCUUCCUCAGAUUCUCUCCAUGAUUAAUAUAAAAUGGCUUACUCCAAUGCCCUCUAUUAUAGCACUAACUUUGAUAUCGCUAUUUUAUAUGACCGGGAAAGACAUAAUAUCCCUGAUAAACUUUAUGAGCUUCAUCUUCUACUUUUUCACAGCCAUGUGCGUGGUGGGAUUGCUGUAUCUAAGAUGGAAGAAGCCGGAUAUACCUAGACCGAUAAAGCUGAACGUGUUGAUUCACUUGGCAUUCUUGUUAUCCUCCGCUUUUAUCCUAAUUACUUCUCUUAUAUCCGAUUACAAAGAUAUCUCCAAGGGACUUUUAAUGUUGUUACUUGGUAUACCGGUUUACUACCUAUUUGUCAAGAAAUAUCUGAUACCUAGAUCAUUUUUUAAAACUUUCGAUAAAUUUACAAAAUGGAUUCAAAUGUUAUUCGUAGUGGUUCCUUCCGAAGAAAAGGAGAACGAUCCGUUGUCAUAUGGGGAAGAAACUAUGAGUCCAUUAUAAAUUUAAAGGAACUAUAAUUCAUAUGUCUGUUCUUUCUUGUGAUUGAUAUUAUGCAAUGUAUCAAAAAUUAUAUAUUUAAUAUAGAUUUAAAAUCGUUUA